AUAGACUCGGAAAAUAAUAUUUCUGCAAUUAUUGUAAUAUGACAGGUGGUAGGAAAGUGCAGCUCUGUGGAGUGGCACAGUAUGGGAAUCUGAUUGGGAUUACUGUUGGUUACACCAUCACUGCUUCUAUUAGUUUGGUAGCGGUCGGGAAAGCGAACUGUUACCACGAUAAAGGGAAACAGGCGGAUUGUAGUGUAUCGAAUUAUCCGUAUAUGGCUGUCUUUGGGAUCAUUCAGGUUAUUCUUAGCCAGAUCCCAAAUUUUCACAAGCUCUCUUUCCUUUCCAUUAUGGCUGCGGUCAUGUCCUUCACUUAUGCAACUAUUGGAAUUGGUCUAGCCAUUUCGUAUGUCGCAGUUGGGAAAGUGGGUAAGACAAGUAUUACGGGCACAGCGGUUGGAGUUGAUGUAACCGCAGCUCAGAAGAUAUGGAGAUCGUUUCAAGCGGUUGGGGACAUAGCGUUCGCUUAUGCUUACGCCACAGUUCUCAUUGAGAUUCAGGAUACACUAAGAUCUAGCCCAGCUGAGAACAAAGCCAUGAAAAGAGCAAGUCUUGUGGGAGUAUCAACAACCACAUUUUUCUACAUCUUAUGUGGAUGUUUUGGAUAUGCUGCAUUUGGAAGCGAUGCCCCUGGAGAUUUCCUUACAGAUUUCGGGUUUUAUGAGCCCUAUUGGCUAGUUGACUUUGCAAACGCUUGUAUCGCUGCCCAUCUUAUUGGUGCCUAUCAGGUGUUCGCGCAACCGAUCUUCCAGUUUGUAGAGAAAAAAUGCAACAGAAACUAUCCAGACAACAAGUUCAUCACUGCUGAAUAUUCAGUAAACGUACCUGUCCUUGGAAAAUUCAACAUCAGCCUCUUUAGAUUGGUGUGGAGGACAGCUUAUGUGGUUGUAACAACUGUGGUAGCUAUGAUAUUCCCUUUCUUCAACGCGAUCUUGGGUCUUAUAGGAGCAGCUUCCUUCUGGCCUUUAACUGUUUAUUUCCCUGUGGAGAUGCACAUUGCACAGACCAAGAUUAAGAAGUACUCUGCUAGAUGGAUUGCGCUGAAAAUGAUGUGCUAUGUUUGCUUGAUCGUUUCACUACUAGCUGCGGCUGGAUCCAUCGCCGGACUGAUAAGUAGUGUCAAGACAUACAAGCCCUUCCGGACUGUCCAUGAGUGAGUUUGAGAACCAUGAGAGAGUCGUCAGGAGAGUAAAAAAUAUAUAUAUGUAGUAGUUUGGUCUUUCUUUUAAUAUAUCUGGUGUCUAAAUCCAAUGAGAAUACUUUAUUGGUGAUGAAACUACAUGAAUCUCUCUGUAUCUACCGUUUUCAAUCUAAUACAUAUGAGCUGUCACAGCUCUUGCAAAUU